AUGGAAUUGAUCGAGAUUCAAAAUGAUUCAAAUUUAAAAAAUAAAUUCAAUGAUGUUGGUGUUCCUGAUUUUUACAGUUUUGUGCCAACACGUUAUGUAGAAAUUCGUAGAUUUGCAAGUAAAAUUAUUUCUAUGUUUAGUAGUACUUAUCAAUGCGAGCAACUUUUUCCAUUAAUGAACAGUAAUAAAUCACCCGUAAGAUCCAGAUUAACCGACACACAUCUAAAUGCAGUAUUAAAAGUGGCUUCGUCAAAUAAUAUGUCUCCCGAAAUUGAAAAGUUGGUGGGAGAAAAGAGAUGUCAAAUAUCGUCUAAAAAAAAUUAUUAA